GCGACGCCCAGCACAGCGCCUGCAAUGUUGGCUGCGGGAACGUCCCAGACGCGGGUGCGGAGCCGGCGGCGGCAUAAUUGGUUGCGCGGCGCUGGCGCUGGCGCUGCGCUUUGACCGUAGUCGCUGGAGCGCGUGCGUUGCGUGCGCGCGCGGAGGCGGCUGCGUCGGGGAGCAAGAAGUUGCAGGCCCCUGGCGGGCGGGAGGGCGGAAGGGCGAAGCUGGUCUUGGGGCCAAGCGAGGUCUAGCCGGAGCGACUGUGCCCCGCCUCCUGGGCGGAGCGGGCGGCUCCCCGAUGGUCAGAGCCUCUUGCUGGCCCGGCAGCGCCCGGACGCCGGGCCCAGCGCGUCGGCGCCCUGGCGUGCGGGCGUCUCAGAGCCGCGGAGGGGCAGCUGGGACCGUUUCAGCGUGGCGGCGCUGGUGCUGGGGUUGGCCCUGGAGGACGGCCCUGAGUGGUGGCCGGCGCCUGCCUCCCGGGUCUCUCCCGGGUACAGAUGGAGUCGUCCCGCGGCCGCCGGCGGCAAGGUUGGCAGCUGCGAGGCCAAGGGAGACCCCAGGACACACGCAGCUGUCUCCCGGUGCGAGAAGAAGACCCCGGCUUGAGAGUGAGAUGGCGUUUAAUGAUUGCUUCAGUUUGAACUACCCUGGCAACCCCUGCCCAGGGGACUUGAUUGAAGUGUUCCGUCCUGGCUAUCAGCACUGGGCCCUGUACUUGGGUGAUGGUUACGUUAUCAACAUAGCGCCUGUAGAUGGCAUUCCUGCGUCCUUUACAAGCGCCAAGUCUGUAUUCAGCAGUAAGGCCCUGGUGAAAAUGCAGCUCUUGAAGGAUGUUGUGGGAAAUGACACAUACAGAAUAAACAAUAAAUACGAUGAAACAUACCCCCCUCUCCCUGUGGAAGAAAUCAUAAAGCGGUCAGAGUUUGUAAUUGGACAGGAGGUAGCCUAUAACUUACUUAUCAACAACUGUGAACAUUUUGUGACGUUGCUUCGCUAUGGAGAAGGAGUUUCGGAGCAGGCCAACCGAGCGAUAAGUACCGUUGAGUUUGUGACAGCUGCUGUUGGUGUCCUCUCAUUCCUGGGCUUGUUUCCAAAAGGACAAAGAGCAAAAUACUAUUAACAAUUUACCAAAGAGAUAUUGAUAUUGAAGGAAUUUGAGAGGAGGAAAAAAAACCUGGGGUGAAUACUUAUUUUCAGUGCAUCAUUACUGUUCCAGAUUCCUGUGAUGGAUGGCAGCCUCUUUAAUAAAUUGCUUACUGAUAUUAUCUUA